AUGGAAAAUUCGAACCCAGUAAUACUAGAAAUAAGCUCCGAUGAUGAUUCCAGUUUCUGCGAGGUCAGACGGGGCGGCGGGUGCGGAAGCGGCGAAGACCGAGAUUGGCUCUCGGGGAUAUUAGACGAAAUGGAUAGAGGUUCCGAUGAUUCUGAUGAUGUGGUUCUGGUGGAUGAGGUGGUUGUCAAGCCAAAGAAAGCAAGAUUAAAUUCUUCAAAUUCCUCUACGAAAAUUGUAAAUUAUAAUGGCGGUGAUGAUGACGAGUGUGUGAUUCUGGAUGGUGACCCGGAUAAGCUGUUGGCUGUCGAGAAUAGUAAAGUAGAUGAUGAUGAUGAUGAUUCUGAUGAUUUGCUUGUUGUUGGUGAAAAGGGUCAGGUUGCAUGCAGAGACUUCCCUCACGCACGGCAUCUUUGCGUAACAUUUCCAUUUGCUUCUACUCCCCAUGAUACUCACUGUGACCGGUGUCAUUGUUAUGUUUGUGACUCACUUGCUCCAUGUGUCCAUUGGGGCUCUGGCAUUUCCAAUAUUGACCAUUGUCAUGCUACGGAUAAAGAGGAGUUUUGGAGAACUCAACGGAAAAGCUUGAAGGAAAGUGACAAAACACAACCAAUUCUUAAUGUUGUUCCCCAUGCAAAUCUAGUUCCGCCAUUGUAUCCAGUACAGGCCAAUUCUUCGGCCCAGAAUCAGGAUUUUAAUCGGGUCACGGUGCACCCUAGGACCCAUUUUGGGAUUCCAAAUGUCAUGAAUCAAGGCAAAAGUCAACCGUCUAGACCUGCUGUUCCUAGAUAUAGCUACCAACCACCUAUGGUCCCCCAACAGUUGCGUAGUACACACGAUAGGCACAUUUUCUCUAAAAAUAGUAGGCAUGUAGGAAGCAGAGGCCCUCAGUUCAUUCCUACAUGUACAUCGUUUAAAAAUAGUAGGCAGGCCCGGGUUGAUUCGGUAUAUGAUAGGCGUGGCUAUGGCUUAUCCAAAAACAGUUAUGUGUCACAAGUUUCUAAUAACCCGCCUCUACCUAGGCGGUAUGCUUCUCAUGGCGAAGUGCAUCCUGGCGCAAGUGAUUAUGCAAAUUAUGCGCCCUCGGAACUUCAAAUGUCUUCUCAAGCUUGCAGGCGCAAUUUUCUGAAAGCAGUUUCGUCGCAGCCCCAAAUUACUUCCCAGCCAUAUGUCAGAAACCAUUUUCAGAAUACAACUAUCCGCCAGCGCCCACUGGUGUCGCAGCCUAAUGGGGGCAAUACCUUUCAUCCGUUACCUUCUCAAACCCAUGCGUCCACCCCAGUUUACACGGGUAGCACUUCUGAACAUCCAGUGCCCCCGAUGUCCUCACAACCCAAUAUGGAUAGCACCUAUGAAAGUUUUGUCUUUCCUCAACCUCAAGUUUAUACUGCCCCUACUUCCUUGCCACAUGAUGGACAAAAUAUUUUUCAGCAAGAAAAUCAAAUGCAAAGUGGUCUUGGUACAAGUUGCACAGAUUUUAGCUUUGGUUGGGAUCCCUCUGUAAGCAGAAGCAACCAACAGAUUCCUGCAGGUAGUUUCCAACUUCAAAAUCCAGUACCAGCAGAUAAUUUCCCAUAUCAAAGUGUAGCGAAAGAAGAUAAUACCGAGUUUCUAAGUGUACUGCCAGAAGAUAACUCGUACAUUCACGGAGCAGUACCAGCAGAUAAUUUUUCCCCCAUAGAUUACAAUAAUUCUGGAUUUCCCGGAAGUACAGAUCCUGACUCAUUGAGCUUUCAGCUUGAUUGGAUGUUUGAGAAUCAGUCUGUUCCAGAGGCUUCGGAAGUUUCUGUGCCUCCUGGGUUGAAUGUAUACUCCCAUGAACCUGGUACUAUAGACGCAGGUCCUCUUUUCGAUUUUUAA